AGCUCAACAUAUCAAAAUCCCCCCGUCAUUCUUCGUUAAAGUCAUAUCAUUAAUAUCCUCAAUUACCAAUCAGAGAAGUCACUAAUGUUAACCACUCCUCGUUUCUCUUCACUCUUGAUUCAUCAAGCUGGUCUCGUACAAUCCAGAACCAGAUGUCUCAAAAUAUUACCUAGCCCUCGUCUCCUUAACCAGAUCACGAGACUAGCUUCCACAUCUACUACACAGCUAUCUAAGAUCCUUGAAUCCUCUGUAGUAAAUGUCGGUACCGCCUCUCAAAUUACUGUCCCUAGGAUUAUAUACAGCACGUCAUGGCACAAGGAAAAAACUGCAGAUUUAGUUUACCAGGCUUUAAGCGCCGGAUAUAGGGGUAUAGAAACAGGGGCCGAACCGCUUAGGUAUGAUGAGAAGGCUGCCGGAGAAGGAAUUAGGAAGGCGAUUGAUGAGGGGAGGGUGGAGAGAAAAGAGCUUUAUGUAGGAGAUGCUAUUUUCUUUUCCUAUAUUUGCAAAUUUGUUAAAUUUUUUAAUUCUAUCUUUAUCACGUCAUGAGAGAUGUGAGAAUAAUAUCUAACGAAACCAAAGAUCCAAACUACAUUCGCACCACCCGAAGGCCAAAAUCUUCAUUCACUUCCGGUUAGUGAACAAGGAGAAGAGGCCUUAAAACAAGCGUUAGAAACAAUUCCGUAUUCUAUGGCUGCAUCUGUAUCUCAACAAAUCCAUAGCUCUAUUGCUUCAUCGCUUAAAAAUCUCAAGGCAUCAGGAGAUGAAAGGGAUACUUAUAUUGAUUGUUUAAUACUAAGUUCACCAUAUCCUACGGAAGCAGAAACUAAAGAAGCGUGGGAUGUGUUAUCAACUUAUGUUCCACAUUCUAUAAGGAGCUUGGGAAUUGCCAAUAAGACAUUGAAGAGCAUAGGCGAGGAUGACAUUGGACAAAACCAAGAGCAACAUGGUGUCUCAGAUCAAAAUGAAUCCGAGCAAAAUGAGGAAAAAAUCCUCCCAUCAGUAUACACCAACCGCUACCAAAACCACCAUGGAAAAGAUGUCGGAUUCCAAAAUUUCCAACCCUCAAAAACAGACAUGGUCUUCCAGUCUUUCUGGACCAAAGACGCAAUGCCUCAAAUAGCCAAUGGCCCAUUGGCUCAUGAAAUCUGCGCUAUACUGGAUGAAGUCGGGUAUCCUCAAGGAGAAAGCAGGAACUUGGCAAUAUAUGCAUUAUUAUUGGCAUUAAGAGAACAUAGAAUCGCAAUAUUAGAUAGAACAACACAUGCGAAGAAAAUAAAAACUCUUAUGAGAGCGCUAAAGGCGUUAGAGAAAUGGAGUAUCAAGAAAGGAAAGCAGAGAUGGGGGGAGGUGGAGAGGGCAGCGAAGCGACUUUUUAAGGAUAUUGGUUGGGAUAUAGAUGAGAGGGAUAGUAUAGGUGGAAGAAGAGAAGUACAUACGAACAUGAGGAUAACCAAUCCCAUGCCACAAGACAUAUACGAAAUCAUGAGUACAUCAAACCGCAUUCCACAAGACCCGCCAAUAAACGAAAUUACCUCCUCAGCACUCGAUCCAAUAGAUUCCCAUAGCUCCAGCGACGAACUUCCUAUAAAUACAAAUACAAACACGGAUACAGAUAUAGAUACAAAUACGAAUACACGUAUAAAUAUCCAACGCAGCGUAAAAGAAAAUAGCGCAGUUCGCUAUCAGAAAAAUAGAAAAAUAAGAGAGAAACUUUUGAGGGAGGGGGCUACGCCUCAAAUGAUUCUAGAGGAGAUUAAGAGGCAGAGGAUUGAAGGGGCAAGGAUUAGAAAGAUGGAGGGGGCGAGGAUUAGGUAUAGGGAGGGGCGGAUUGGUGAUUCGUGGAGAGUAGGUGGGGUAGGGGGUAGUUGGUCGGACGGUUUGGGUGGUGAGGUUUUGUUUGGUUUGGGGGAUAGGGGAGUGGAAAGGGGAUUGAGUGGAAGGAGUGAUGGGUGUGAGGGGUUGGGUUAUUUGAUGUGAUGUGUAAUAACAAAUUCCUUUAUAGUUUUAAGAAGAGUAUUAAAGUUAUACAUAUGUGUUUAUAUUACAACUUCUAAUACAUAAACUCAUAUCUAUUUAUAUAUUAUUUUAAAAAGAGAUAAAAAGAGUAAAU